AUGCCCUUCGUCGCGGAAGCAGAGCGCAGGCCAGGACACACGCAUGUCCUCCUCAUCACCUCGGGCAGCGUCGCGUCCAUCAAGGCCCCGCUGAUAGUCAAGGAACUCCUGAGUCCUGAGCUUCCUCCGAGCCAGUAUGGCGACGUGCGUGUCCAAGUUGCCGCUACCAAGACCUCGUUGGCAUUCUACAAGAAAGAAGAGGUCGAGGACGUGGGAUCAAAAGUUUGGACGGAUGAGGAUGAGUGGACGGCCACGUAUAAGAUCGGUGACCCUAUCCUCCACAUCGAGCUCCGGAGGUGGGCAGACGUCGUUCUCGUAGCCCCCUGCUCCGCAAACACGCUGUCCAAGAUCGCCCAUGGCUCAUGCGAUAAUCUCGUGACGUCCCUCAUGCGUGCUCUAUCGCCGACGACGCCGACCUAUAUCUUCCCCGCCAUGAAUACCCUCAUGUAUGAGCACCCGCUUACGGCAGAACACCUCCGUAUCGUCAAGGAGCUCGUCCGAUAUAAUGUUGUGGGGCCUAUAGGCAAAACUCUUGCUUGCGGAGAUGUCGGCGUGGGGGCAAUGACCGAGUGGAAGGACAUUGUACAAAUUGUCGUUGACCUCUUUCACCUGUCCCCGAUCGAGAAGCCAGCAAAUGCAAUCAACUCAUGA